AUGCAGCAUCAGAUAUGUGCUCUGUUUAAUGGCAUAAACUAUGAUGUAAAACAAGCAUAUACUUGCCUCUAUUGCUAUAUUGAUGAAGUGAAGCAUGGGCUGCACGUGCCUUCACCACAGAGUGCUGUUCUUGGGGCAAGUGAUCUGCCAAGAACUGUUCUUAGCGAUCAUAUUGAAGAGCGGCUUUUUAAACGGCUUAAGCUGGAGAGACAGGCACGGGCAUCUCAGUCAGGAUGUAGUUUUGACGAGGUUGCUGGAGCAGAUGGUCUUGUGGUCAGAGUUGUUUCAUCAGUGGAUAAGAAGGUUGGAGUUAAACCACGUUUUUUGGAAACUUUUCAAGAAGAUAAUUACCCGACGGAAUUCCCUUACAAGUCCAAGGCUGUUCUUUUGUUCCAGAAAAUAGAUGGUGUAGAAGUCUGCUUAUUUGGAAUGUAUGUUCAAGAAUUUGGUGCUGAAUGCGCUUUCCCGAACCAACGUCGUGUUUACUUGUCAUACCUGGAUUCUGUGAAAUACUUCAGACCCGGGAUUAAAGCAGCCACUGGAGAGGCCUUGCGUACAUUCGUCUACCAUGAAAUUCUGAUAGGAUAUCUUGAAUACUGCAAGCAGCGUGGAUUCACAAGCUGUUAUAUAUGGGCUCGCCCACCUCUGGAAGGUGAUAACAUUUUUUAUUGCAAUCCUACGAUUCAGACGACUCGAACAUCUGACAUACUCCGGGAGUGGUGCUUAGCCAUGAUUCGAAAAGCUACUAAGGAGGAGAUUGUUGUUGAGCUUACAAAUCUGUAUGACCAUUUCUUCAUUACUACGGGAGAGUGCAAGGCUAAAGUUACUGCUUCUCGUUUGACUUACUUCGAUGGAGAUUACUGGCCAGGAGCUGCCGAAGGUAUGGUCAAUCAACUGCAUCAAGAAGAAGAUGACCAAAAGCUUCAGAAGAAGGGUAAUGCAAAGAAAAUUAUUAGAAAAAGAGCUCUUGAAGCUGCUGGCCACACUGAUCUAAGUGGGAACGCUUCCGAGGAUGAUAUGCUGAUGCAAAAGCUUGGGGAAACCAUUUAUCCAAUGAAGGAAGAUUUCAUUAUGGUCCAUUUGCAGUAUUCUUGUAGCCAUUGUCGUAGCUUUAUGUCGUCUGGAAAACGUUGGGCUUGUCAUCAAUGCAGAAGUUUUUACAUAUGUGACAAGUGCUACAGUGCAGAACAAGAGCUUGAAGAGAGGGAGAGGCAUCCGAGCAAUAGUAGAGAAACUCAUGAGCUCCAUCCGGUUGACAUUGUGGGUGUGCCUGAAGAGACAAAGGAUGGAGACGGUAUCAUAGAAAACAAGUUUUUCGACACCAGGCACGCGUUUCUCAGUCUUUGUCAAGAGAACCAUUACCAAUUUGACACCCUUCGCCGUGCCAGGCAUUCGUCGAUGAUGGUGUUGUACCACCUACAUAAUCCCACUGUCAAGUAUAAUGGUGCUGUGUAG